ACUCUUCGGAUCCCACUUCCACUACUAGAACGCAAACAUCAUUGUUCAGCAACAUGUAUCUCCUCACAAUGCUUCAAGCCUUUGUGACUAUAACCCUAGUGAUGCUUCUCAAAAAACUGAUCACGAAACAAAACAAUAAGAAAUUGUCUCUCCCACCAGGUCCCACCGGAUGGCCGGUCAUCGGAAUGAUUCUAGCGAUGCUAAAGAGCCGUCCCGUUUUCCUUUGGCUCCACAACAUCAUGAAGCAGCUAAACACUGAGAUAGCCUGCGUGAAGCUAGGAAACACUCACGUGAUCACCGUUACGUGCCCUAAGAUAGCACGUGAGAUAUACAAGCAACAAGACGCUCUAUUCGCCUCAAGACCUAUGACUUACGCACAAAACGUCCUCUCUAACGGCUACAAAACCUGCGUUAUCACUCCUUUCGGUGAACAAUUCAAGAAAAUGAAGAAAGUAGUGAUGACAGAACUCCUUUGUCCCUCGAGAUACAGGUCGCUUCAUCAGAAGAGAGCAGAAGAGAACGAUCAUUUAACAGCAUGGGUAUACAACAUGGUCAAGAACUCGCGUUCGGUCGAUUUCCGGUUCGUGACAAGGCAUUACUGCGGUAACGCUAUCAAGAAGCUUAUGUUCGGGACAAGAACGUUCUCUGAGAACACCGCACCGGACGGUGGACCGACCGCAGGGGAUAUCGAGCAUAUGAAAGCUAUGUUUGAAGCCUUAGAGUUUACGUUCGCUUUUUGUAUCUCUGAUUAUCUACCUAUGCUCACGGGUCUUGAUCUUAACGGUCACGAGAAGAUCAUAAGAGACUCGAGUGCUAUUAUGGAUAAGUAUCACGAUCCAAUCAUCGAUGCAAGGAUCAAGAUGUGGAGAGAUGGAAAGAGAACUCAAAUCGAGGAUUUUCUAGACAUUUUCAUUUCGAUCAAAGAUGAAGAAGGAAACCCAUUGCUUACCGCCGAUGAAAUCAAACCCACCAUUAAGGAGCUUGUAAUGGCGGUACCAGACAAUCCAUCAAACGCCAUCGAAUGGGCCAUGGCGGAGAUGGUGAACAAACCGGAGAUUCUCCUUAAAGCAGUGGAAGAAAUCGACAAAGUUGUCGGAAAAGAAAGACUUGUCCAAGAAUCCGACAUCCCAAAACUAAACUACCUCAAAGCGAUUCUCCGUGAAACUUUCCGCCUCCAUCCCAUCGCCGCCUUUAACAUCCCGCACGUGGCACUUUCUGACGCAACCGUCGCCGGAUAUCACAUCCCUAAAGGAAGUCAAGUCCUUCUUAGCCGAUAUGAGCUGGGCCGUAACCCGAAAGUUUGGGCUGACCCACUUAGCUUCAAACCAGAGAGACAUCUCAGCGAGUGCUCCGAAGUUACUUUGACGGAGAAUGAUCUCCGGUUUAUCUCGUUUAGUACCGGAAAAAGAGGUUGUGCUGCUCCGACUUUAGGUACGGCGUUGAUAACAAUGAUGUUCGCGAGACUUCUUCAAGGUUUCACGUGGAAGCUACCUGAGAAUGAGACAAGGGUUGAGUUGAUGGAGUCUAGUCAUGAUAUGUUUUUGGCUAAACCGUUGGUUAUGGUCGGUGAGUUGAGAUUGCCUGAGCAUCUUUAUCCGACUGUGAACUGAGACGACAAUGUAUAUACUUUAAAUAACUCUAUGUUAAUUUCUGAACAAACUUGUGUGUGGUUUGGU